AUGGGUGGUGAGGGAGAACCUCUGCCUGUUUUCGGUGGUUGGAUAGAUGAGCUUGCACCUUCUAAGGUUGGCAUAGGAUCACCUGUUGCUAUCAAGAAAUUGAACCCAGGAAGUGCAAAAGGUUUUCAAGAUUGGCAGUCAGUGGUGAACUUCUUAGGGAAGCUUUCUCAUCCCAGCCUUGUCAAGCUAUUAGGAUACUGUUGGGAGGAAAAUGAUCUACUCCUUGUUUAUGAGUUCAUGCCAAGAGGAAGCUUGGAGAAUUACAUUUUCAGAAGGAGAUCUAGCACUGAACCACUAUCUUGGGACAGCAGACUCAAAAUAGCUAUUGGAGCAGCUCGAGGCUUAGCUUUCUUACACACUUCAGAAGUACAAAUCAUGUACAGAGAUUUCAAAACCUCAAACAUAUUGCUUGAUGAGAAUUAUAACGCAAGAAUCUCAGAUUUUGGCAUGGCAGAAUUGGGGCCAAUUUUUGUAGAGUCGCAUGUGUCAACUAGGAUUGUGGGCACAUAUGCUUAUGCUGCUCCAGAGUAUUUUGGAACAGGUCAUGUUACCACGAAGAGUAACGUGUAUUGCUUCGGUGUUGUGCUGCUUGAAAUUCUGACUGGGUUCCAGGCACUUGAUAGGCGUCGCCCCAUUGAACAGCAGAAUCUGGUCGAAUGGGCUAAACCACUUUUGUCUCAUGAAACAAAGUUGAAAACCAUCAUGGAUCCAGGGAUUGAGGGACAAUGUUCCUUAAAGGCAGCAUUACAGACAGCACAGAUUAUUCUAAAAUGCCUAAAACUAGAUCCUAAAAGCCGACCUUCCAUGAAAGAAGUUGUGGAAGCAUUGGAACAUGUUCAGGAAAUUAAGGAAUAA